UUUCCGCUGGCAAAGGCGUGUACCCACAAUGCAUUGCGGAGGAGCAUGGCUGACUUUCUACUUGCAGCGUUAUCCUUCUAAGAAUGGACGCGUUGUUCUAUUAGAAAUUGUCCAAUAUUUCAGUCUUUAACGUCACGCCACCGCUAGAUAUCUCCGUGAAAGCUACGCGAGGAACUCAAAAACUCUUCGCCGUGAAGCGCUAACCAUAUCCAAGAUGGCAGGAGUCGGGGCCAAACGAGAGGGGCCGCAGUUCAUCAGCGAGGUUGCCAUGAGAGGGAACGCCGCCGUGCUGGAUUACUGCCGCACGUCCGUGUCGGCCCUGUCCGGAGCGACGGCAGGCAUCCUCGGGCUGACGGGACUUCACGGCUUCGUUUUUUACUUCCUGUCCUCCUUCCUCCUCUCUCUGUUGCUCAUCCUGAAAGCGGGCCGGCGAUGGAACAAAUGCUUCAAAUCUCGGCGGCUGCUCUUCACUGGAGGUCUCGUCGGGGGCCUUUUCACCUACGUCCUGUUUUGGACCUUCCUGUACGGAAUGGUGCACGUGUAUUAAGACCACCUGCCACAAAGAUCAUUGCCAUGUUUCCAUGUAAAACCUCUUAAAGCUUUAGGCUCGUCUUCCUGCUGUUUGUUAAUAGAUGAUAUUAAAUGAAGUCUUUCAAAGUGAGCUGCUGUGUUGAAAGAACUCUAAAAGCUGCAUUCUCAUUUUUUAAAAAUGUAUAAAGUUCUGUAGCUUCUGCUUUGUAUCAUCUGCAUCCAUUCACUUCUUAAUAAAUUAACUGAUCACGUACAAAUUCUGUCUUGUAUAAAAAUAUAGAGUAUUGUGGUUAUUGAUAGAAAUAAAUUUUACCCAACAAAAUGACA